AUGAGUUUUCUAUCAUCGAUCGGUCAGUACGUGGCUGGCAUGGCGGAUAGUGUUGCGGGUCUGGCAUUAUCGCCACGCCGUGCGCCGCCUCCCCGCCACCGCUCUGCUGAAGAGACUCAACAACAGCCACAACCCUCAACAGCAACAAUGCGAGGAUAUCCGCGCGUGCUACCAACUGAAGGGGUAUCAGCCCUAAGUGCACGUCGUCGAACGCUCGACUGCUUGGCUCCCAUUGCUCCGCAACGACGUGGUGGCUCGCUGCGUACACCACGACAGCAACAACCUCCAGAGAGACCAACAAUGGCUUUUUGUAAAAGGCGUCUCUCUUGGCCUGAAGUAGAUAAUUCAGUUAACUCUGGCGUACAAGAGACGGAUGGCUCUUAUUUUGAGAGCUUCACAGCACUAUCUUGGAGACAAGAGAACAGGAGACUUGCUGCACUUCGAUUGGCUGAGGCCAGAGCCGAACGUCCACCCCCAGCACCACAUGAACUUGGCCUGCCAAGCGUUUCCGCGCAACUGUCACAUAAAGAACACGAACAUUUAUACACUGAGGUACUAUAUUGCAUUGAGAAUGCAGUUGGAGCUCCUGCACCAGACGGGCAGUUCGCUGCGUACAAAGAAGAAGUGAUUGAAUACGCUCGCCGUGCAUUCAGAGUCCCAUCGGAAGUGCACGCUCGUGCUUUGCGAGCUGCAGGCAGUGAGCGCCCGCCCACUGUAGUCCUCGGCUGCGCCGUCAUCGAGGCCGAUGGACUGGAGGCCAAAGAUGCUAACGGAUUUAGCGAUCCGUAUUGCAUGCUCGGAAUCCAACCAGCAUCGCUGCCUGCCUCUCCUCGGGCCUCUGAAGACGAAGGUCGCAAGCAUGGUUUUCGGCUCAGUUUCAAACGUCGUGAAGGACGUCAGCAGCGCGACAGCCUUGGGAGACUGCCCGCACGUUACAUUCGCGCCACUAGUGUUAGACCACACACUUUAUCACCCAAAUGGAAUGAAACAUUUAAAUUUGACAUAGAUGAUAUAUCGUCGGAUGUGCUACACCUGGAUAUUUGGGAUCAUGAUGACGAGAGUUCGGUGCUAGACGCAGUAUCGCGCCUUAAUGAAGUCCGUGGCGUUCGGGGUUUAGGACGAUUCUUUAAGCAAGUCUGCCAAAGUGCACGACAGGGCAGUCAGGAUGAUUUUCUAGGAUGCGUAAAUAUUCCAUUACGUGAAAUCCCAUCAACCGGUGUGGAAGCUUGGUACAAGCUAGAUGCUCGAUCACAGCGCUCAUCAGUACAAGGUCGUAUUCGGCUUCGUUUGUGGCUUUCUGCUCGCGAAGCCGGGCGGCAUGAUGAUGACAAUUGGCAACAGGUACGUCAGCAUGAACGUCUCUUUGGCGUACUCCUGGCGCAUGAAGUCGAAACAAACAUUCUUAACAAUGCCCAAGAUAGAAAGGAGGGUGAAAGCUGCGCCAGUGGCUCCUGGGAGGGUGACCUUUGUGGUGCAGCUCAGACGUUGCUACACCAACAUGCUGUGCAAGGAGACCUCAGUACUCUUCAAGCUGCUAUUGCUCGAUUUGCUGCUGCAUGCCGCCUAAAUAGCGAUGCGCCUUUGGACCCUAAGUAUAUGUACAAGUUGCUAACCGAGUUGGAAAGAACAUGGAUUGCACAUGAAACAUUGACUGGAGGUGGAAGUGGUGAUUCAGGAGCAGGAGCGUCUCGCGAUGAAGAGCGUUGGCUAGCUGAUUGUUUUGGGGAGUUUGUUGAGCGAGCUCUGCAUCAACUACGACUUCACAGGGAUUUGUAUCCAGUGCUCCAUAAUUUAAGCUUGAACCAGUUGGAAUUUUUGUUGCGAUGUCUAAAUCAAUUAGCGCAAAUGAAAGCUUUCUGGCGAUGCUGUCCAUUUAGUAAGGAAAUAAGAAGUGAAGUAGUUGGCGCACUACGCAAAGGCACUGCGGAGUGGUACGAAGCACUUUGUGCUCAAGAUACUAAGUCGGAGCGCGGUGAGGAUUUAGUGAACCUUAUUACACUGGUUCAGAUAGAUCUGCAACAAGGACUUACUUACUAUCAUCCGCUUUUCGAAACAACAAAUAACGUACCAUAUUUUAACGUCGUGUUUACACAAAUCGACAAAAUGGUAUCCGAAGAUGUAAGACAAUGUGUAGAACAUUGGAUAGCAGAGGGAUGGUGCGGCGUAGCUGAAGAAGAGAUUUAUGAUGAACACGGAAAUGGGAUGUGUGUUGUAUCAGCGAAGACCUUACCGUUUGAGGUACUGGCUGCAGUGCGCGAGUUAUGCGCCGCUGCUGCCCCUGCACCUUCCCCUCACCCCGCUACGGACCCCCCACCGCAGCUGCUGGAUGCUUACUUAUGGUUCGAGCCUUUGAUUGAUCGCUGGCUAGCAGUGACAAAGACCAUGGCAUUGCAGAGAGUGCGCGCAGCUGUUGAGCUCGAUCGACCAGUGGAAGGAGAGCACUUUGUAAAACACAGCACGUCGUCGGUGGACACAGGCGCUUGCUUAUAUCAUAUGCGCUUGGUAUGGCGAGCUAUUGGCGGCUCUGAAGAGGGCACUGGCGGAGGUGGUGUUCGGCUUUUGGAAGCCGCCUGCGCAACGGCACUGCAUUAUGCGGAUCUGGUACACGGUGCUCUGGCAGACCAAGGCUACUAUGAAAAUCAUGGACAAAAUAAAACAACUGAAGAGAUAUGCACGAUAGUAAACAACUUGGAAUAUGUGCGGCGCUCGCUUGCAGAAUAUGACGAUGAAAUGAUAGCAAACGAUGACAACGCGCGGCAACUGGUUCGUGGAGCGCUCGGUACAUUGGAUGCACGCUCGAGUCGUGCGGCUACACCUCUUGCUGCUCGCGCUCGUCACGCCUUGCGCAAAGCUGUGUUCCAUCUCGCUUGGUCACCAGAUACGUUACCGACACCGCAGGCAAUAACUCCACUGUUGGAAUUCUUGGACCAACAUUUAUCUUCGUUAAAUACUUGGCUACUCCCACGCGCAUUUCUUCGCGCACUGGCUGGGUGCUGGAGUGCUGUUCUAAAAGAAGUUUCAGCUCAGGCGGAUGCGGGUGGGGCGGAAAAGCCUAGGGUUUAUCAUCACAGAUUGAAAGAGGCUCUAGAACUACUCGCCGAAUUUUUCCAUGCAGAGGGCAAAGGCUUACCAAUGUCAGAAGUGCAUAGUGUUGAAUGGUCUCGCUUAGAACAAAGAAUGCAGUUCCAUCAGGCCCAAACGGAAGAGUUGCUAGAACUAUGGCUAGCAGAGCGAAUAUUAGAACAGACUCACACUCCUUUGCCAUCUCCUUAUGGCUCAAUUUUAGUAAGAGUUUACUUCAAUCACGACUCACUCUGUGUGGAAGUUCUAUCAGCCCGUGAUGUAAUUCCGCUCGACCCGAAUGGACUUAGCGAUCCUUUUGUGGUAUUGGAGUUGCUUCCGAAGCGACUGUUUCCUAAAUCUCAUGAACAGAGUACACAUGUUCAAAAGAAAACUUUAAAUCCUGUAUGGGAUGAAUGUUUCGAAUUCGCGGUGUCGCUGGAAGCCUGCCGAUCACCACAGGCCGCAUUGGCUCUAUCCGUAUGGGAUCGUGACGUAUUGACGGCGGACGAUUUUGCCGGCGAGGCAUUUAUAUCGCUAUCUCGUGUGCCCGGCGUUAACAGCCAUGCGCCACCAGACCCGUUGCGACCCAUUGAACUGCCUCUUAUGCAAUUACACGACCGAAGUCAUCCAAUUUUACAAAUAUUGGAGUCACGUACAACGGAUAAAAUGGCAAUGGAUUUCGUAAAGAAACAGAAAUUAAGAUUCGCCGAACAGUAA